UAGAUGAGUAGAUGUCAGUCCAAUCCAACACGGUGCAUUCACAAUUUUCUUUCGAUUGUUUGCUUUGCUGGAUACAACUUGAAUUAAAUAAUGGGUAAUUACAUCGCUACCUACAUAACGCAUCCCGACACAAUGCCCAAGUCCGACGGUAAACCGACGUUCGAUCCGAUGUAUGGAUUUCCUAAUGGUCGAAAAAUCAGAGAGAUACCGUUAUCAGAAGAAGAUAUGAUGGCUUUCAAGAUUCCUCAUGACAGACGCGAUUAUUGCGCCCACAAGUAUAUGGAAUUACAUGAGUGUAAGAGACGUCAUUAUCCCUUAAUGUUGAAGUGCGCGCAUGAAAGACACCAAUAUUAUGAGUGCUACGUUGAAGAUUAUGUCAUAAGAAUGAAAGAAUAUGAAAGGGAACGUCGUCUUCUUGAAAGAGAAAAGAGGAUACGGCAAGCAGCAGCAGCAUGAAAAUCCACUGAAUUUUAAUAAAUUUGAUUCAUCGUCGUCAGUAACUUAGACUGCAUAUAUGUAAAAAAAGAAUUGUGUCCCGUUAAUGUACA